CCAAAUCUUAGCUUUAAAAAAUUCCGCCCUUUGCCAAUUUCCCUCCAAUUUCAACCAGGGGAAAAACCAAAAGAAAACGAAAUCACAUCUCAAGCGACAUCUACUGCUUCACCCGCCUCAGCCGCUGUCGGCUGUAGCUAUUUCCGAUUCCUUCUCUUUCCACCUGUUUCCGCUCACUGGUUUGCAGAUCCGUCGCUAAACAAGCGCUUCACAUGCUGCUACUUAGGUGUACAAGGACUUGACUAGUACAAGUUCUGUUCAGCAAGUCCGUGGAGAUCAUCAUUUUUGUCAUUCGUGCUUAUAACGACACAGAGGUACCAAAGGCCUUGCUGUGAAUAAGAUUCUGCCUCCUUUUUCCUGAAUACAAGUAUCUCAAAUUUCUGAUUUUUCUUACUCUCUUCCAUGGAAAUCUCAUCUGCCCUCUCUGUGGUACAUUCCAUCUCCCCAUGUACAACCGCUGAGUGGCAACAACAUGCUUGGUAUAUUGCCUUUCUCCUCCUCUCCAAGGGCGGUCCGAUGUCACUUUCCGAGCUUGCAUCUCGAUGCACUCUCUUCCAAGCUUCUCCCUCGGUUGUUGGGUUUCUCUGCUCAAUUCCUAACUCGCCAAUUUCUCUCACAAGCGAUAACCUAUCAGCUACACUUUCUUGGGGUUCUCUUGCAUGUGCAAGGCAGGUUAAGGAUUUCAUAAAUUGGAGUGCCAGGAAGCGCAAACGAGUUCCUUUUAGUUUGAUAAAUGAAAAUGAGGAGCGUGGGCAACCGAAAAUGCCAUUAUCAAAAAGGAUUCGAAUUGAUUGGACAAAGAUGGCCCAUCAUUUAACUGGUAACAUCAUCAAGGGCAUGAAUGCACAGCCCAGUAACUUGUUAAGUCCAUUGAUGCUGAAUGACUCCUUGUAUGUUGGAUCAAUUACUAGACAGUUGCCCCAGCCCUCAGUUGAAACAAAUGCAACGGAUCAGGAUGUGGUGGCUUCACAAGUGCAAGAUACAUGCAAGUUUUCCUUAGUGCAAGAUACCUGCAAGUCUCCAGGGAAUAAGGAAGUUGUUAAUAAACCCCAACAAAAGCAGCUAAGCAAAAUAGAUAAAAUGUCAACCAAAAUAACUCAAAAAUCAAGACAAAAUCCUAAGAACAUACAGAGUAAAGAAACAAAGAGAGUCCUUAAUUCUAUUUCAUCCAAGGAUUCUGCAAGGCAAAGUGUAUUCCCAAAUUUUGAAGCUUAUACUGUAGAAGAAGAAGAAGGUUCAGGUGGUUAUGGCACUGUCUAUAGAGCAAGGAGGAAAAGUGAUGGAAAUACAGUUGCCAUUAAAUGCCCUCAUGCAAAUGCACAUAAGCAUCAUGUUACUAAUGAGCUAAGGAUGCUCGAGCGUUUUGGGGGCAAAAGCUUUGUAAUAAAGUACGAAGGGUGUUUUAAGAGUGGAAAUUCUGAUUGCUUUGUCCUAGAGCAUGUAGAGCAUGAUAGACCUGAGGUACUGAAGAAAGAAAUAGAUGUUUUUCAGUUACAGUGGUAUGGUUAUUGCAUGUUCAGAGCUCUAGCAAGUCUUCAUAAACAGGGUACUGUCCAUAGAGAUGUCAAGCCUGGCAACUUCCUAUUCUCUCGGAAGACUGGCAAAGGCUAUCUUAUAGACUUCAAUCUUGCGGUGGAUCUGCAUCAGAAGUAUAGGAUUACUUACAAAUCAAAGCUAGGAUUUGGUUUAGGCUCUGAUCAUACUCAUAACAAUGCCAAAUCCAUGGUUCCUACUAGUAGCAAGAAGUUCACAACUUCUAAAUCAAUAAAUGUCAAUCAUGAUGGAAACAAAGGUUCUGCAUCAAAUUUGACAUUGAAGAACUUGAAGAAAAGGGCUACAGGGGAAACAAGGGUACAUACCGACUUGAGCAGAUGGAAUAAAUUCAAUAGCCAAGGGGCAGACGGCUCAGGUGUAACCUCAGCAAAGGAUGUGACAAGCACAAAGACUCCUUCUGCAGAAAGGCUUAGAGAACCUUUUCCAUGCCAAGGAAGAAAGGAGCUGAUAAAUCUUUUGCAAGAAGUGAUGACUACUCAAGAUCGUGAAGUAUUUCAUGUUUCAGCUCCCAUGAGAAAGCGGAUUGCUGCAUCUUGUGAGAAAAUGGAUAAAGAUUUUCUCUAUAUUACUCCCAUGCCUCUGCAUUCAAGCAGUCUGGCUGUAGCUGGAGCUGGUUUUAUAAAGGGUAAAGGGGAUGGAAAGUCAAAGAAAGAGGGCCCUUGUGCUGGAACCAAAGGAUUCCGGGCACCAGAGGUUUGCUUAAGAUCUUCCUAUCAAGGCCCCAAGAUUGAUAUAUGGUCUGCUGGGGUUACCUUACUCUAUUUGAUAAUUGGGAGAACACCUUUCGUUGGCGAUCCAGAACAGAAUCUGAAAGAUAUUGCAAAGUUAAGAGGCAGUGAAGAUCUAUGGGAAGUAGCUAAAUUGCAUAACCGUGAAUCCUUGUUUCCCGUGGAACUUUAUGACACACAAUUUCUACCAUCAAUGGACCUAAAACAGUGGUGCCAAAUCAACACAAAGAGACGAGAUAUCCUUGAGACAAUACCAAGAUCAUUCUUUGAUCUUCUGGACAAGUGCCUAACUGUGAACCCAAGAUUGAGGAUCAGUGCAGAGGAUGCCCUGAAGCAUGAUUUCUUUACUCCAUUGCGUGAGAGUCUGAGAAGAAAGCAAAGGCUUGUCAGGCAGAGUCAUAGAUCGGAUUCUAGGAAUAGCCAUCCGUUGCUGGAAGAAACUGUUGCUAGACCAUCAAAAUCCCUCAUCAGCUAGCUUGAUUGGAUGUGCCUAUGGAGGAUGUCAACUUUCACUUGUCUUUCAUCUGUAAGUUCUGAUGACAGUUCCAAAGUAGGCUGUAAAGAUAUCACAUUUGUUCUUCGUAUAAAGAAUUUUAACACAUGUAAUUGUAUCAACUAUAUG